AUGAGUGAUGUCGAGGCAGUCUCCCUACCAGCUGCCCUGGACGUCGGUCAGAACACGCUUGCUACAGUGAAGCCGGACCCUCUUGGUCCCCCAUCACCGCAUCGAGCUCGUCCAGACUCUCAUCCACGGGUAGACAAUGAUGGCCAGACACAUGAAUAUUCAGAAGGGGAGGUGGAUGGGCCUCCUAGCCCCAGGGCGGACUCAGAAGCUGAAACAAUAAUCCAAUCGGGUCGAGAGUCCUUGUCCCCAGAGAAGAAAAGGAAACAUAUCAAGCACGAUCCGAGUCGCCACGAGCCCAAUGGCGUUGAUGGACAUCAGCGACAGAAACCACGGGUGUCAACGGACAUCCAAGAACGGGAACGACAACGGCAACAGCAGCGACGCUCACGUUCUCCAAGCCACCGAGCAAUCUCCCCCUCGGCGGUGAAGAUUGAGAAGGCUGAUGAUUCUCAGAUCUCAGAACAGGAAGGUGCCCUCGAUGGAACUGACCGCGGACCCGAGAGGCCUCGCGCCUUCCGUAAACGGAGCUUCAGUGACAGUGCGGAGGAACAACAAGAUCGACAUCGCGCACACUCGCACGCACCCUCCCAUCCUGUUCGCGAACUCAAACAUAACACUAACACGCGCCUUUCAAGGCCGCCCUCCGACACGCGUUCAGUCUCACCCAGUCGACGAUCCCACCAACGAUCUGCUUCAGGCUCCCAAUUUCCAACGAAGAAAAAGGCACCGACGCCUCUCACAGGAUUCGCGCGGCAGAGCUCUGAAGACCGACAAUCGACCUCGUCCUCCCAAAGCGGCUCGCCACUGCCUGGAGCGCAUCUGCGGAAGCUUGGGUCUGGAGUCGGCGCGUCCGCGUCGCCUGCCAAACAUAUGGGACCAAAGAAGUUGCGCGACAAGAGCGGCCGGACUCCUCUUGCACGGGCAUGCGCCGAUCGGAAACAUGACCAAGUGGUGGCGCGCCAUGCCGAACGACCAGAAGACAUUAAUAUCCCCGACAAUGCAGGCAACACUCCCCUACAGAUCGCAGCGCUUGCUGGCGAGGCCGAAAUCGUCAAGUUCCUGCUCGAGGCAGGGUGCGAGAUAAACACCAAAAAUAUCGACAAAGACACCCCAUUGAUUGACGCGGUCGAGAACGGAAAUGUGGAGGUUGUCAAGCUUCUGCUUGAUGCAGGUGCAAACCCACGGACUGUGAACGCCGAAGGCGAUGAGCCCUAUGAAUUGGUUCCGUCCUUUGUCGACGACGACGAGUAUGAAGAGAUGAGGAAGGCACUUGCUGACGCGAAGGCGAAUUUGCGACCUGGUCGACGCUCAGAGGAUCACACCGCAUCAGAAAUCAAGGAACCAUCUUCACGACGGGCUUCAACAGUUAGAGGAUCCGCAACUAGCCCCCGAGAAUCGCCUCCGAUGCGCAGUCCCCCUCCUGUGGGCCUGUCCAACCGACGGAAAGGUGGGAGAAGCGAAGCCACCAGAAACGACCUUUUGUGGACCAAACCAACAUUUGAGAAUCUUCGAGAGUUUGCUGCCAAAGGUGAUGAGGCUGGUGUGGUCAGCAUUCUCAAUAUUCUGCAAAAGGCCGACAAUGCUUCUUUGAUCGCUGCGGCGAAGGGGGGUCACCAUGACGUUCUCUCGCUCUUGUAUGCAAUGGGCAACGCGGAGGCAGAUCCAAACCCGUUGCGUGGUCAGAAGCCGGGGUACAAUACGCCCAUGCUGGCUGCCAUCGGCCGCGGCAACACCGCUGUCAUCCAGCUCAUCCUGAAUCAACCUGGCUUUAAUCCCACCCGUCGCCUGUUUGAAGACCGAACAUACUUCGAUUUAUCUCGUGGUCGGCAGGGUGAGAAUUGGGAAGAUGAGUAUCAGAUCCUGAAGGACGCAUACGAAAGGUACGAUGGUUUCGACAAGGGUCGGAAGGACAACUCACCUCGUCGAGCUCGUGGGAAAGAGAAGGAGGAGAAGCGUUCACGACAGGAUUCCUCUUCUCCCGUCGCCCGCAAGAAGGCUCAUAGCAGUCCCAACGCUGGGAGACACCGUGAUUCUUUGAAAGAUGUCGAUUCCACCAAAGAAAAGCGACGCGCAAAGGAGCGCGACUCAUCGCGACCACCGGAUUCAAAAGACCCCUCGAAGCUCAAAUCUGCGUUAUCGGCCAGACGAGACAGCGAGUCUAGUGGGAUGGUACCAAGUGAAGAGACGAGAAAAAGACGACUCAUCGCUGGACGUCGCCCCAAGGAGCGCAGAUCCAGUCUCGUCUCUUCUGAUUCACUCUCUGGACGUGAAGAGGCUCCGAAGUCUCGUGACACAGCAUCUGACAACACUUUGUCUUUGAAACGCGUCCGCAAUGAUCGAUCCCCAGAGCGAUCCCGUUCUCGUGGCCCUGAUAGUGAUCCCUUAUCUCCCGACUCGCGCAAAAAGAAGAGGCGCCUUGUUCCUGAAGAGAAGCCUUCUACUGCCAACGGUGCAUCAAGGCAGCCUGACCAUUCAGGCAAAUCACAUCCCCACCCACGCCGAGUCCAGGAGGACUUCACUCAAACUUCCGACCAUCAACAACCCCAGUCCACCGAUAUUCUCAAGAAACCUCCUACCCGCCCAAGCUCUCCUCAUCGUGAAUCCAUCAAAAAGAACGGUGACGUGAAAAAGGAUUCUUCUCACGAGCCCAAAGUCGACUCUGCACCUGCACCUGACGCAGCUUCAGUCGCGAAGCGUCUUGAGCUCGAAGCCGAGGAGCGCCGACAAGCACAAGCCAAGAAGACACACGAAGAACGUGUUGCGAAAGAGAAGCGCAUCGCAGAAGAAGUCGAACGCGAACGACUUGCUAAAGAAGAAGCCGACCAAGCUGCUAAGGCUGCCCAGGACAAGGUCGAGGAGGAAGACCGCAAACGCAAGGAGACGGAACAAAGACGUGCCAAACAAGCCGAGGACGACCGUCUGAAGAGGAUGGAGCAAGAGCGUGCUAGAGUUAACAAGGCGCGCCGCGAGCGGGAGGCAGCAGAGCACCGGCGUCGCGAGGCACUUCCUGGUCGCCUCCGUGCCGCUGCGAAUCUUGUUGGCUCCAAUAAUCCGCGCGCGAAAAGUCACGACUGGCUCAAGACCUUCAUGCCCCUUGUCACUGCCCACAGCCGUCAGCUCGAUCCUGGUUGCAGUGUGGAUAUUGCCGACGAGAAGUGGAUUCCGAAUUACUUGGUCGCUCCUCUGCUGGCUACUAAUGAUCUCCAACUUUCACAAUAUCCUAGUUGGGAGAAACGAAAAGCGACCCCGACCCAACGGAAGAAUCUAUGGCGUGUCACUCGUCGCAUGUUGAUCUACACAGACGAUCAAGGAUUCCAGGAAUCAAGUGUCGGCCAGGUUAUGCAGAGGGAUUGCGACACGCGCCCGAAGUACUUUGGGAUGGAACAUGUCUUUUGGAUCAGACUUUCGGAUUUCACAGACCUCGUUCCACACAUUCCUCACUUGCACGGUCUCCACCUGCAAUUCUUGAACAUGCACAUCGAUCCAGAGCCGCAGGCGGCCGGCGCUGGCUUUGGCGCUCCUCACCUCAAUGGCCACGGCCCGGAAACCUCUCUUGAUAUGAAUGGGAUCAGCCACCUCAAUGGGGUUGGCUACCCUCGAUCCAGUACAUACGUGUAG